ACGGGUCACAUUUACAGAUCACUCUACAUUGUAGAGAGGAAGAGAGAGGGUUUCCCGGCGAGCCAUGGAUGUCCUGUUCAAUUCAAUCGACGUUCGCGAUCUACUCUCAUCACCAGACAUCGACGAUGUAACUUCGCCGUUAUCCGCCCCGGAUCUCCGUCUUCUCAUGGACCGUCUACAAGUUCGUUCCAUCGAUAUAAAAUCCAAAGUCCGGCAAUACAUUCUCUCACAUUACUCCGAUUUCUCCACACUCUUCUCCCAGUGCUCCGACGUCGUUUCGAGAUCCGAACAUCUUUCUUCUGAAGUAUCCAAUUUGAUCCAGCUCAUCUCGGAUCAUCCAGUUGAAGUAGAAACCAAAGCCGUAAUUGAUGACAUUGUGAUAAGAAACAGAGAGUUGAAGGAAAAGAGGGAAUUGUUAGGUUUACUUGCUGUGAUAUUGGAAUUGAGUGAUAAACUCAGGUUUGUGAAGGAGGAGAUUAAGGUAGGGAGAGUUGAGCAAGCGGCGGAAGCGUUAAGGGAGUUAAAGGCAGUGUUGGUAACGAGUAGUGAUAAAUCGACGGCGUUUGAGGAGAGGCAGCCUUUGGUUUACGGAUUGUUAAAGGAUGAGUGGACUGAGUGUUUUGAGGAGAUGCAAGAGGUGCUUUUGCGAUGUAUGGACAAUGCAGUGUGGUUUGAGCAAGAAAAUAACACAGUUCACCUGAAGCAUCAGUCGAACAUCAAAGGCAUUGAUGGGAUUGAGCUCCAAAUAGUUUUAAAAGCGAUGGAUGCAGUUGGUAUUAUGGAUUAUGGGCUGGCGAAAGUAGCAGAUUUGAUGAUUAAACAUGUAAUCGCGCCAGUGGUGAGUUUUAGAUCAACUAUUGUGGUGGAAGAGACUAAUCAGGAGUCUGGGAAUGGUGCCGAGGCAAAUCUGAAGAUACUUCCAUCUGCUGACCCAAAUGUUGACAGUAUGGAUGGUGGUAGCAUGUACUCUGUUCUUGUUGAUAUCGUCAAGUUUAUUAGUAAAUCCUUGUGCUUUGGAAAUAGUACAUGGAUGCUUUGCUUUGGAAGAUUAACAUGGCCAAGGAUGUCAGAUUUGAUAAUAUCCAACUUCCUCUCCAAGAACGUGCCUGAUGAUGCUUCCAAACUGGCCGACUUCCAGAAAAUCAUAAAAUGCACAUCUGACUUUGAGGAAAGUUUAAAGGAGUUGAUGUUCAUUGCUUCCUCUGAUGGCAAGGAUGACAGAUUGAGCAAAUUCGCUGAUAACGUGGAGGUCCAUUUUGCAUCCAGGAAGAAGGUUGAGAUUUUGGCCAAGGCUAGAAAUCUACUUUUACACUCUGACUUCCGCCUUCCAGAAGAUGGUACCAGGAGACGCUCUAAAGUUAAGUAUGAUAAAAAGGCUGAAAGUUCAUGUGACCUUGUUAUUGAUUUGCUUUUUACAUCUGAGAGAUGUGUGGUGUCCGAAGCAGCUUCAGGUCUAAUGAAGUUAGUUCACGGAACACUCAAGGAUGUCUGCUUGUCAUCUCCUAGAGUGGGAUUGGAAUUCUAUCAUGCUGCUAGGGAUUCUCUACUUCUUUAUGAAGCUGUCAUACCUGUCAAGUUCGAAAGGCAGCUUGAUUCCAUCAACCAUUCUGCCGUUCUUAUUCACAAUGAUUGUCACUAUCUAUCUCAGGAGAUUCUUGGACUUGCAUUUGAGUAUCGCUCAGACUUUCCAGCUUCAAUAAAGGAACUUGUUGUUUUUGCGGAUUUGGCUCCAAGAUUCCAGCUGCUUGCAGAAGAAGUUUUACGAAGACAAAUUAAACUUGUCAUUUAUAACCUAAAACAGGCUAUCGAUGGGGCUGAUGGAUUUCAAAAUACUCACCAAAUGAAGCAAUAUGAAUCUGCUAAGUUGAGCAUUGACCAGGUGAUUUUCAUACUUGAGAAAGUAUAUAUUAUAUGGCACCAUUUACUCCUACCUUCUGCCUACAAGAGAAGUAUGAGCAUGGUGCUGGAGGCAGUCUUUUCUAGAAUAGCAAAUGAUAUCCUCCUUCUAGAUGAUAUUGCUGCAGAAGAAACAUUGCAGCUCCAAAGGCUGAUUCAUCUGCUAUUCGAGAAUCUGUCUUCUUUGUUGGACUCUGUAGUGGUUAUCAACCAGUCAGGAAAGUUGCAGGAGUCUCCUACACAAACUCUUGAUGAUCUUAUACCAUCUCUCCGGAAAUUACGCAAGCUAGCAGAUCUUCUGGACAUGCCUCUGAAAUCCGUUACUGAAGCUUGGGAAGCCGGUGAACUUGUCAACUGCGGUUUUACGCAAACAGAGGUUGAAGACUUUAUCAGAGCCAUAUUUGCAGAUUCACCUCUGCGGAAAGAGUGCUUACGGAGAAUAGAAAGUAUAUGUUACUGAGCUUUCAGUUACAGUUACAGUUAGCUUUUUGGUUGCUACAGCUAGGAGUUUACCUGUGUCAGAUCUCUCUUAACCUCGAUAAAGUAAGCUAUCAGUUUUUUUCCCCGCUUCAGGAGCCUUCUAUGUCCAAUGAUUCUAAGCGAUAUUCAAAGAAAAGCUCUCUUUUAUGUAUUCUGCUGAGGUUUGGUAGUUCAAAUCAGAGAAUGUACAUGUUAGGGUCUUCAUGUGAAAUGUAAAUUGGUUCAUUUUACGUCUACUUUCAUUUGAAAAGACUAAACAAGGGCGAGAAUAUGAGCAUAGCAUAAAACUGACAGACAAAUGACACAUUUUAGAUUCAUUGAGUUGAUGAGAACUAGAGUUGGACUGUAGUUUCUCAAUUUAGCAACUGUAAUGUGAAAGGAUGCUCUCAUCUUACCGCUGUUUCUUUUGGGCUGUUAGAUUUAAGUAAGUUCUUUCAGUCACUUGUAAAUUCUUUCUUCUUUGUAAGCAUAAGAUUUGUUCAUCAUUCUGAAUAUGUCAAAUUUUGAA